GGCCCAGCCCGCGGCGCGCUCCGCGUCCGUCAGUCAUGGGGCGGCCGCCCAGAGCCGCGGCGGGGGCGGCGGGGCGCGGGGCGCGGGGGCCCGGCUGAGCCGCCCGGCGGAGCGAGACCCUGCAGCAGGGACGACGGAGGCGGCAGCGGCCCGAUCCCGGAGGCGGCGGCGGCGGGGGGAGCCGGAGCCGCCUGGGAUGCUCAGUCAUGAAACGGGUGCGCACCGAGCAGAUUCAGAUGGCCGUGUCCUGCUACCUCAAACGCCGGCAGUACGUGGACACCGACGGUCCCCUGAAGCAAGGCCUGCGCCUGUCCCAGACCCCCGAGGAGAUGGCAGCCAACCUCACAGUCCAAACAGAGUCUGGCUGUGCCAACGUCGUGUCGGCCGCCCCGUGCCAGGCGGAGCCCCAGCAGUAUGAGGUGCAGUUCGGGCGGCUGCGGACCUUCCUCACCGAUUCCGAUUCCCAGCACAGCCAGGAAGUGAUGCCUCUCCUGUACCCCCUCUUCGUCUACCUCCACCUCCACCUGGUCCAGAACAGCCCCAAGAGCACCGCCGAGAGCUUCUACAGCCGCUUCCACGGCCUGUUCCUGCACAACGCCAGCCAGAGGGACGUGGUCGAGCAGCUGCAGGCCACGCAGACCCUGCAGGACAUCCUGUCCAACCUCAAGCUCCGCGCCUUCCUGGACAGCAAGUACGUGGUCCGCCUGCCGGAGGACAGCUACCACUACCUGAUCCGCUACCUCCAGAGCGACAACAACGCCGCACUGUGCCGGGUCCUCACCCUGCACAUCCACCUGGACGUGCAGCCCGCCAAGAGGACCGACUACCAGCUCUACGCCGGCGGUGGCGGCGGCGGCGGCGGCGGUGGCGGCUCCUCCUCGCGGGGCGAGGGCGGCGGCCUGGAGCCCGCCGACGUGCCCGGGGGCCCGAUCCUGCAGAACGAGGCCGCCCUGGACGUCCUGCAGGAGAGCAUCCGGCGGGUCAAGGAGGGCCCGCCCUCCCUCACCACCAUCUGCGUCUAUGCCUUCUACCACACGGAGCAGCUGCUGAACGCCGCCGAGAUCUCCCCCGACGGCAAGCUGCUGGCCGCCGGCUUCGACAACUCCUGCAUCAAACUCUGGAGCCUCCGGUCCAAGAAGUUGAAAGCCGAGCCCCACCAGGUGGACGUGUCCCGCAUCCGCCUGGCCUGUGACAUCCUGGAAGAGCAGGAGGAGGAGGAGGAGGCCGAGAUGAAGACGCUGCGGGGCCACUGCGGGCCCGUGUACAGCACGCGCUUCCUCGCCGACGGCUCGGGGCUGCUGUCCUGCUCCGAGGACAUGUCCAUCCGCUACUGGGACCUGGGGACCUUCACCAACGCGGUGCUGUACCAGGGCCACGCCUACCCCGUGUGGGACCUGGACAUCAGCCCCUACAGCCUGUACUUCGCCAGCGGGUCCCACGACCGCACCGCGCGGCUGUGGUCCUUCGAUCGGACGUACCCGGUGCGGAUCUACGCGGGCCACCUGGCGGACGUGGACUGCGUCCGGUUCCACCCCAACUCCAACUACCUGGCCACGGGCUCCACCGACAAGACGGUGCGGCUGUGGAGCGCCCAGCAGGGGAACUCGGUGAGGCUGUUCACGGGCCACCGCGGCCCCGUGCUGUCCCUCGCCUUCUCCCCCAACGGGAAGUACCUGGCGUCGGCGGGCGAGGACCAGCGGCUGAAGCUCUGGGACCUGGCCUCCGGGAGCCUCUACAAGGAGCUGCGCGGCCACACGGACAACAUCACCAGCCUCGCCUUCAGCCCGGACAGCAGCCUGGUGGCCUCGGCGUCCAUGGACAACUCCGUGCGCAUCUGGGACAUCCGCAACAGCUUCUGCAGCGCGGCCGCCGACGGCUCCUCGGGCGAGCUGGUGGGCGUGUACACGGGGCAGAUGAGCAACGUCCUGAGCGUGCAGUUCAUGGCCUGCAACCUCCUCCUGGUGACGGGAAUCACGCAAGAAAAUCAGGAACAUUGAUUUUUUUUUUUUUUUUUUUUUUUUUUACACCCUCGUGGUGACGGACUGGGUGGCCGUGGAGCGAGGGCUCCGGGCUGCAUCUGACGAUCGAAUCACUGACUGACUGUGAAAGACUCCCCGCCUCUCCCCGUCUCUCCCCGUGUCCCAUGCGGGCACCCCUUCCUCGGCCCCCCCCCCCCAGUGUCCAGGACGCGGGGGCGGGGAGGGGGUACGGACAGGUCAUGGUGGUGAUGAGCGGACGCGAGAUCAAGAAUUGGGAUGCUCUGGAGGUGGGGGGGCACGUUCUUCCAAAGAGGCCCCCGUGUCCUCGCGAGAGCGCCUCCUGUCUGUCUCAUUCUCCCCCCUCCUCCCCUUUGUGGAACCACAAUGCUGCUGCUGACCCGCUGGGGGACCCACUUUGGUCCCAGGAGGGUCGCAGGUCACAGCCGCUGGCUGGCGGGAAUGCAGGGGUGGGGGCGAGGAGCAUCCAGGAUUUUUAUUGUUAUUAUAAUUAUAGUAAUGAUGAUGAUGAUGAUGAUGGAGAAGGGGGCACCUAGCACUGGCAGAGGCGUCUCUCUGCUCGCCACCUUCAGGUCCUGCUCCCAGCUCUGAUGCUUGGCAUUUUGAGGUUCAGGGAACCCGGGGGCUCCGGGAGCGCAGUGUCUGGUGGGAAAGGGAGGAUUUCUGGGCGACGGGUGGGUCGCCCCCUUCCCCCUUCCCCCCGACGUGUUCCUAGAAGUGGGUGCAUCCAGUGGAGGAAGCCUGGGGCUCGGGCAGUGAUGGUGGGAAAGCGAGACCUCGUGGCUCACUUCUGUGAACAAGCCUCCGCCCCCCCCCAUUCCCCCCACCCCGGGCCCCCGAAAUGUCGGGAAGAAAUGAAAAUAAUGUGAGGUGAUCAGUCCGGAGGCAGAAUGAGAAAGCGUUGGCUUCCCCCGCCAGCGUACGGUCAGAGGGGUGGCUUUUCCGGCCUUUGGCUCCUUGAGGUCACUGCUCCUGCCUCCUGCAUUGCAGCGGCAGCUCGAUGCACGCCUCGUGAAACACACUGUAAGCACCAUGCACGCACCCGAAAACCCCGAGGACAGCGCCAGGUCUGAUUUGUGGGCAGAGGAUUCAAUCUUUCUGGUUUUUUGUUUUUUUUCCCCCUGAAAAGAGUUAUUUUGUAUUUUGUUUUCUAUUAAAAUGUAUUUAGUUUCCCAAAAACAAAGUGUGGGCAUCUCAUUUAAGCUGUGAGGAGAGGCGGGUGUGGCCUGGACUCCGGGCCGGACCAGCCCCUCGAAGGUGCACCUCUGCGCGCUGCUCAGCUCGCUUGGAAUCACGCUUCCUCGACAUUCCCGCGGCUCACCGAUCGCAUUUCAUACCGUUCGGACAUCCCAGACUGCCAUGCUGACCGGAGAAAACGUCUGCGUUGCCACCCAGAGUUAUUUGGUGAGAUUCUACUUCCAGUUCUCCUCCUCAAAAGACCCCAUUACAAAAUCGCUAGGGGGUGUUAAUGAACUCGAACUAUUUAUUGAACCAUUUCCAGGUAAAGGACUCGUUCAGAGAUGUCAAUGACGCCAGAAUUUCUACAGUGUGCUUCCCACGUGUCAUUUUCUGGCAAGGACACGAGAAUUCCCAGGAGGGUGUCUAGGGAGACUCUAGAAUUCUGUGCCAAAAAACUUUUUUUUUUUUACUUGAGCCUAAGGUGCUAAUAGGACAUGUUUCUUAUAGAUAAAAAUAUAUAUUUGAGACAUUGCAAGAAGGAUCCUUUGGCAACUUAAGACAGUUAUGACCUUCCACGGGGCCUGCAGGGAAAAGCCUAGAAUAUGCAGGCGUGUGCUCAUCUGUACGGAGUGAACCCCUCCGCUGGAUUGUACGGCGUAUUGCUAGAAAUAAUGAAAUUCUCCGAUUGGACCGAAUCAUUCUCAGAAGUGGAAAUAUCACUGAUCUGGAAGCUUUUGUUUGUUUGUUUGUUUUUUAAUGCAGAACUUCUUUGAUUAAAUGCAGAAAUGUAUAGGUUGGUCAGUCUUCACCUUGCCGAUCAUGUAUAUAUACUUUUGUGAUUUCAAUGGAAGCUCUUAAUGAUUUGCAUGUUUGGCCUAUUUUUCCUUUUUCUUGUGUGUGCUCAUUUUAAUGAUGUGGGGUCAUCAAACCUUCUAGAACGCCCCUCACAACUUUCCCCCAAAUCUUGGAACUGUUAUGAGGUGGGUGGGUGUGUGUGUCUGUGUGUCCACAAGAGUGUACAGAGGACGCGGGCACCCCCUUUAGGUGGCUCCCUGCUGUCUUAUUUCCUCUUCAGAGCAGUCCUAUGGUGUGGACAAGGACGGGUGAUGCUACCAUUUUGUAUUGAAAAUAACCUAAAGCCUAAAAAAAAAAAAGCUAUAUAAUUUAUUUUUUUGGAAUAAAGAAACUUUAGAAUAUUCA